AUGUCUACCAAGCCGAUCUACGUAGCGACGCACCCCCGCGCCUGCUCUACCGCUUUUGAACGAGUAUUUAUGACCCAGCGUGCCACGAUUCAAUGUGUGCAUGAACCCUUCGGUGACGCCUGGUACUACGGUCCAGAGCGAUUGGCUUCUCGCUUCAUGGAUGACCCUCAGGGUCGCAUAGAUAGUGGGUUUAGCAAGUCAACUUACCGUACUGUGCUGGACAGACUAGAGCAUGAAGGCUCCGAGGGCAAGCGAGUCUUCAUCAAAGAUAUCGACUCAUACCUUCUCCCGCAGGAAGGGAAGCCAGCAAGCAUUGCCCCGUCGCUGCGACGUCUGAAGCGCGGCGUCGGCACCGAGUCCACCAGCCAUUCCCCGGCCAAUGGCGUGAAUGGUGUCAACGGCACCCACGCCAACGGCCACUCCACCUCGCCAAACGGAGCCGCUCCAAAUGGCACCAACGGCGAGGUGAACGGCACCCCGAGCGAUGAGACCGCAAUCCGCGAGAAUCGCGACCGGGUGCCCACCAACCCACCCCUCCCAUUCUGCACGCCCGCAGAACCAGGUAACCCGACGGUGAUGCCGCGGGAGAUCCAGGCCCAGUUCCACUGGGCCUUCCUUAUCCGGGACCCGCAUUAUAGUAUCCCGUCGUACUACCGGUGCACGAUCCCUCCACUGGACACGGUGACAGGGUUCUAUAACUUUGACCCGCUGGAGGCCGGGUACAAUGAGCUGCGUAGGCACUUCGAUUACCUCCGCCAGGAGGGGUUAGUCGGUCCCCGUGUCUGUACGCGGCCGGAUCUCUCGCCUGCGCCGGGGUCCAAGGAGGAUCAGGCGACGAUCAACGAGGUGUGCGUGGUCGAUGCUGACGACAUGCUUGAUUCGCCGGCGGCGACGAUCGAGCAGUUCUGUCGUAGUGUUGGGCUGCCGUAUUCCCCUGCCAUGCUGGAGUGGGAUACCGAGGAGGACUAUGCGUUCGCAUGUGAGAACUUUGAGAAGUGGCGUGGCUUCCACAACGAUGCUAUCGAGUCCAAGGGGCUGGUGGCAAGAACUCAUCAACGUGAACCCAAGUCCGAGGAGCAGUUCGACAUCGAAUGGCGUGAGAAGUAUGGGCCCAAGGGCGCUGCUUUGAUCCGCCAAACUGUCGACGCCUGCAUGGCCGACUACUUGCACCUCAAGCAGUUUGCCAUUCGAGUUUAG